AUGGGGUUGGCUCUCGGUUUGGGCGCCAUUUGGAAAUCGAUAAUUGCCGUUCUGCUGGUCGGGUUUCGAUCUCCAGGCGCAGAGGAAGCUCUGCAGUCGCUGGUUCCGCAGCGCUUCUCGCACGGCCAGUCGCGGGACUGCUUGUACAACAGGACUUUGGCGCUCUAUGUCGUCGAGUAUGCAGCUGCCGUGUAUGUGGAUGAUCCCGCGGCGCUCAUGUCCUGGACCUGCUCGCGAUGUCAGGGGCUGACCUCGGGGUUCCAGAUAACCGAGCUUAUCGUGGACGUGCCGCACUGCCUGCAGGCGUAUGUGGGGGUGGCGGAGGAUUUGAAGGCCAUUGUCAUCGCCUUCCGUGGCACUCAGGAGACAAGCUAUCAGAAUUGGGCAGAGGACCUCUACUUCAGGCAGCUGGAUCUCAAUUAUCCCGGCAUCGAGGAUGCCAUGGUGCACAGCGGCUUCUAUUCAGCUUACCACAACACAACUCUUCGGGACAGUGUGGUGAGAGGCGUUCUCUCGAUACUGGCCAGACGGAAUGAUCUAGGAAUUAUCGUUACCGGCCAUUCCAUGGGGGGAGCCAUGGCCACUCUUUGUGCUCUGGAUCUCGCUGCCAAUUUCGGGAUGAUUGAUAUGAAGGUCAUAACCUUUGGCCAGCCUCGAAUUGGGAAUUCCGUCUUCGCUGCAGGUUACUACGCUCUGGUUCCCAACACCGUGCGCAUGACGCAUGCCCAUGAUAUUGUGCCACAUUUGCCACCGUACUACACUCUCCUCGGGGAGAAAACCUAUCAUCAUUUUGCCACGGAAGUGUGGAUCUUCAAAAUCCAAGUUGGCCGUCUGCAGUAUGAAUUCGAGCAAGUAUGUGACAGCUCCGGGGAAGAUCCGGAGUGCAGCAGAUCUGUGACUGGGAACAGCAUUUCUGACCAUCUUCAGUAUCUGGGAGUCUAUCUGAAGACGGUGGAUGAGUGA